AUGCGUAAAAAUUGGAAUUUUUCGCACCUAACUGCGGCUGAAGCUCAGCAGCCACUUGCUUUCUCGUGCUGCCAGCCUGUGAUGAAUGAGUUCACAGAUAAGCGUCCAUCAAGGCCGAUUUCUCCAUCGACUUCGCAACCUUGUGCUGUAGGAAGCAUUGACCGCAUUGAUUUCGGACGAGAGGCUCUGUGUGGCCAGGAAGUUUCUUGUGUCGUGAACACCUCGUGUGAGGAGCAGGCCGAAGACGAUAGAUUGCUGUGCAGGUAG